AUGUCUACACAAGAAGACGAAGUGAGAUUACUUAUUCAAAAUCUGCAAAAAUGUAAUAAUACAAAUGAAUGUAUAAAUUUCGAUUUGGCUAGUACAAUUCAAGAAUUUUUAAAUUCGCUAGAUAAAAAUUCAUUCGAAGAUAUUGAUAAAACAAUAAGAGAAAAUGAAAAAGAUAAAGAUUUAAUGAACAGUUUUACAUCUGCAGCUAUAUUUCUUGAAAAUUGUGUAAAAAUUUUAGGUCUCAAAAUUGAGCAUUUACACAAUUUAGCUCAUAAUACAUUAUAUAAUAUAUAUAAAGAGAAUAAAAAUAACAAUUCAAAUAAAAAACAAUUAUUAAUAAUUGAUGAAGAAUAUUUAUAUAUUAAUGAAAUCAAAAAUUUAAAAAAUACAAUCACUGAAAAUGAUAUUAUAGAAGAAGAUUUAUUAAUUAAAACAAUUCCACUUCCAACAUUUUUAUUUACAGAUCAUAUAAAAGUCAAAAAUAAAAUAGAUAAUCAUAAAAAUAUAAUAAAAAAUGAUGAAAAAGACAAUUCUUUAUUAAAUAAAAAAAAAAAUUUAAAUAAAUCUGAUAUAGAAAAUAUUCCUUAUAUUGAUACUUUGGAAAAUGAAUCUAUUACAUCUAUUCAAAAGAACGUUAUGGAUCUAAAUUCAGAAUAUAGUUAUCAAAAUAUGGAUAAUAUGGAUAAUAUGAAUAGUAUGGAAAAUAAACAAACACUAGAAAUUAGUUCAGUUAACUCAUUAAAUUUUGACAAACUAUUUUUAGAAAAUGAUGGAAUCAUUUUAUUAGAUAUUAAUGAUUAUAAUAUAUUUAUAAAUGAUGAAUAUGAUUUUACUUUGCAAAAUAAAAAUAGUACAAUUUUAUUUGAAAAAUAUGAAUUUUUUUCAAGGAAUAGUAUUUAUUUAUCAAAUAAUUUAAGCGAAUAUAUAUAUGAACAAAAUACUAUUCAACAUACAUAUAAAAUAAAUAAUAUUUAUGAUAUUACAUCUUUAAGAUUAUGUACAGAUACACUUUUAUUUAAAACAGAUUUUUAUUCAUAUGACCUUGCAUUAGAUGUUAUUAAAAAUAAAAAUUAUUUAAUUAAUAAAUUUGAAAGACAAAAAAAUAAAUUAUAUAUUCUUGAUGAAACUACUCAUAAAAAUCAUAAAUAUAAUACCAUUUAUAAACAAAAUGCUAAUUAUUGUGAUUAUUGUGGUUCGAUAAUAGAACCAAAUGAAUCCAACAAUCAUUGCAUCUAUUGUAAUAAUAACAACGAAAAAAAUGGAUUCUAUAAAAAACUUCCAGGAUAUUAUAAUUUAAGUUGUUAUAACAUCACAGAAACUCAAGAUUUUCUCACAUAUAUGCAACCAAAUAAAAUAAUAGACAUUAUUAUGCAAAACGAAAUAAAUGAUACUAAUUUAGAUGCAAAUAGUACAACAAAUAAACUUGAUCAAAAUAUAAUAGAUCCUAUUUUUCAUGAAAAUAAUGAUUCUUCUGAUAAAUCAGAUGAUCAAAAAUUACCGAACGAUCCAAAAUUAACAAACGAUCAAAAAUUAUUUAAACAAAUAAAAAUACCACCUUUAUAUAUCCAAAAAUUAGGACUAAAUAUAGACUACUAUUAUUUAGAACCACUAUUAUAUAAUUUAAUAAAAAGCUUAAAAAAAGAAAAAAAUGUAGAUCGUUUUUUUUCUAUAAAUUUUUAUGACCAUAAUGAAAAUUAUGACACAGAAAUAUUAAAAGAUGAUGAUUAUCAAGAAAUAAAAGAUGAACAAAAUAAAACAAUACAAGAAACAUUAACUAUGGGUACAUUUAUUAAUAUUAAAUCCAUAGAUAACCAUGUUAAGAACCUCCCUACAUCUAUUCUUAAAAAAACGGAUUCUAACACUUCCUUGGCCUUUUCCUUUGAAGACAAAAUACAGGACAGAGUAAAUAAAUGGAGAAAUUUCCUCGAAAAAAAACUGGAUAUACUAAAAAGGCAACCACCAUAUAAUGUAGAAUAUUAUAAAAAAAAAAUUCUCAAAUAUAUGAUAAGCAAUGGUGAUAAUAUAUAUUUUCCAGAUCUCGUAAAUGACAAUGAAAAAUAUAAAAUAUAUAGAAACUUCUUAACUACACUAAUGUUAAUAAAUACAAACAAAUUAGAUAUCACAGAAAUAGAACAAAAUAAUUCUAACAAUAUUACUAAUUAUAAAAUUAACGUAAAAAAUAUGAAUGUUAAUGAAUAUAUUAAUUUUCCCAAUUCUUUUGAUAAUAUAAAAUUUACUAUAAAUGACAAAAAAAGAAAAAUAACUCAAAAUUUUGAUAAUAAAAACGACUCUCUGUAUUUGCAAAAGAAGCAUCACAUUUAA